AUGGUGGACGUUUAUAAGUUUAAAAGGUUAAUAAGCUUACUGCUGUCUCUCUCUCAAGGUUCUGGAAAAACCACUCUGUUAGAUGCUGUAGCAGGACGAAUCGGGAAUUCUGGUAAACUCCUUGGAGAGAUUUAUGUGAAUGGAGGAAAGCUAAAAGCAGAGCAGGUCCAAGACUGUUUCUCUUAUGUGCUCCAGAGUGACAAUCUCUUGAGCUAUCUGACUGUGGAGGAGACUCUGACAUACACUGCUCAGCUUUCUUUGAGAAAACACUCUUCUGAGGCCAUACGCAAAAAGGUAGCUGCAGUCAUGGCAGAGCUGAGUUUGGGACAUGUGGCUCACAGCGUGAUUGGAGGCCGCAUUUUCCCAGGCAUUUCUGUUGGAGAGAGAAGGAGGGUUUCCAUUGCCAGCCAGCUGCUUCAGGACCCAAAGGUGAUUCUCCUAGAUGAGCCGACCACAGGACUGGACAGCAUGACAGCUAAUCAGAUCGUGGUGCUGCUGGCUGACCUGGCCAGAAGAGAUCCAAUAGUCAUUGUGACCAUCCAUCAGCCCCGUUCAGAACUUUUCAGGAUCUUUAACAGAAUAGCAAUCAUGAGCCGAGGGGAACUGUAUUUGACAGUUGAACUGACCUCUGUGGACAGACGCUGCAGUGAGAGGGAAGCCGCCACCUACAGCCGCAUGCAUGACAUUACAUCGGCCUACCAGAGCUCAGAGAUCUAUAAAAGCAUGCUGGGAAAGAUCGGUCAAAGCUGCCAGAGAGCAGACAAACCCAUGAUCCCAUUCAGGUCCCCCAACUGCCUGUCCAAACUGAAUGUCCUCCUGAGGCGGACCGUGCGUAAUAUGUCUCGUGACAGGAUGGGCAUUCUCAUGCGCCUCUCUCAGAAUCUCAUCUACGGCCUGUUUAUUGCUUUUUUUCUCAUGAAGCUGGAUGAGGAUGUGACAAAAGGUGCUGUGCAGGACCGAAUUGGCAUAAUCUACCAAUCCAUGGGUGCCUCACCUUAUACUGGCAUGCUGAAUGCUGUAGCUUUAUGUGAGUAUCUCAUUCACAGUUAACUUAAGAAUAUCAAGCACAAACAGUCCAAAACAGUUGUAAGUUCUAGGUCUGAGUGUUUUGAGCGAUAUGUUGCAGGCAUACAUAUAUCAAAAUCGUCUUCCAUUGUGACCUGUAAUUCUAAAUAUCUUUAGAUCAUCGCAGUGCCAGUAAACACGUCUGCAAUCUCUCUGCACUGUGCAAAUAAUGAGUAACGUAUGUGUGCGACAGAUCACUUCCGCACAUUUGUCUUUUAUCAUAGAUAUGUAUAGGUGCCCUAUUCGACCGCUCCAGAUAAAUCUGCCAUUUUGGAACGUAUCGUGGCCCAUAGAAACUAUAGAGUCACUAACGAGGCAUCUACUUACAGUAUAUAUAUCUACGUCUACUUUGCCAGAACACGUACAUGUGUUACAUGCCGGAUGUUGUGAACGCGCUCAGACAUUGCGGUGGAUCUAAGGUAAGACAUGAUAUAAAUACUGUUCAGUUUCUUGCACAGACUGAUCAAUUCAUGUCUUAAGACCUCAGUGUAUCAGCAUGAGCCACAGGGUUUAAUUUGGUUUUGUCUGUGUAUGUUUUUUAUACUCUCAAAGCCGUGGAGCCCAUUGACUGCCAUUAUAUGACUGAAAGAUUGAAACGGUUUGAGUGCAAAAUCUUCGUUUGUGUUCUACUGAAGAAACAAGGUCACCUGAGAAUUUAGAUUAAAUUCUCAGAAAUAUCAGAAUUUUUAUUCUUUGUUGGAAUAAACUUCCAUGCAUGUUCCAAAUGCCAAAAAUUCAAAUCAGAUGCGCUUGUUUUUACAGUUCUUUGUCUGUAGUACUUGUUCUGGAUGUUUCUAAACCCAGUGCUCUGUGGGAGACCAUGGAGAGUCUGCUGAUUUCAGCUUGAAGUCAGGUGGAAAAAGUGUGUGCCUCACUCCAAAAUACAGGAGAAUCCAGAUCCGGCAAACAAUGAGUCCCACGAGUCCUCCACAAAGACUAUCUGGUGUGAGAGAGUCACAUAAAUGCUAUAAAUGAGGCUUGAAAUGGAAUGUAUCAGUCUC